GCCCCCCAAGGGCUACGAGGUGGAGGUACACUACGUGGGAAAGCUGGAAGAUGGAACUCAGUUCGACUCUUCUCGCGACCGCGACAGCCCCUUCCGCUUUGUGCUGGGAGAGGGCCAAGUUAUUAAGGGAUGGGACUUGGGGGUUGCAACUAUGAGCGUUGGAGAGAAGUCCAUGCUCACAAUUCAACCGACCUACGGGUACGGCGAAGCUGGAGCUGGCGGCACAAUCCCUCCGAACGCGACGCUCAAGUUCGAAGUGGAGCUGCUGAGCUUCCGCGCAAAGGCGAAGCAGCGCUGGGCCAUGAGCGUCGAGGAAAAGAUCCAAGCAGCAGCAGAUGAAAAAGAAAAAGGAAAUGCAGCUUUUAAAAAAAAAGAUUUGGCAGAAGCAGCAGCAGCUUACCGCGAGGGUUUGGCGUUUCUGGAACACUCCAGCCACUGGAGCCCGCAGCAGCAAACUCUCAAGCUCUCCGUCGAAGUCUCCCUCAGACUUAACCUCUCCAACUGCUACCUCAAGACCGGAGAGUUCGCGCAGGCCAUCGACGAAGCUUCUGCAGCCAUCAAGCUGGAUGAGAAAAACAGCAAAGCCUGGUACAGACGCGGAGUGGCCAGGGCUGCCUUCGGGCUGCUGGACGAAGCCCGCAGCGACUUGGCAGCAGCAGCAAGAAUAGACCCUAAGAAUGUUGAAAUUCGAAAUGAGCUCAAAAAAUGCAAGGAGAAACUGGAAGAAGUGCGCAAGAAAGAGAAAAGCACUUUUGGCGCAAUUUUUGCAAAGGCGGCUCUUUAUGAUGAGAAAGCUGGCGUGCGCAACCUCGACCGCUGCCCUAGGGUUUUCAUGAAUAUUCGUGUUGGCGACAAACCCGCCAAGCGGAUUGUGAUUGCGCUGUAUCAAGACACUGUGCCUCGCACAGUGGAGAACUUCAAGUCUCUGUGCGUAGGAGACAAAAAAGGCAAAGAAGGAAAUGUUUUGAGUUUCAAACAAAACACUUUCCACAGAAUCAUAAAAGGGUUUAUGGCGCAAGGCGGAGACAUCGACGGCAAAGGGGGAGAAAGCAUUUACGGGCCUUCCUUUGAAGACGAGGCCUUCAUCGACAAACACCUCCACAGGGGCCAACUCUCCAUGGCCAACGCGGGCCCCAACACCAACAGCUCGCAAUUCUUCAUUACUUUCGGCCCCACGCCCCACCUAGACGGGAAACAUGUGGUUUUCGGCGAAGUGGUUGAGGGUUUGGAACUUCUUGACGACAUGGAGGAAGUCCCCACGGACGCCUCCGACAAACCCGAGGUACGAACUCCCCUAGCUAGCUAG